AAAUGGCAACAGCAAGCGAUCUGCUCACAGAGGAGUUUACCUGCCCUGUGUGUCUGGAACUAUUGAAUGAUCCGGUCACUGUUGCGUGUGGGCACAGCUUCUGUAGAGAGUGUUUAGAGAGCUACUGGGGUCAGACUGACCAUACAGAAUGCUGCUGCCCCCAGUGCAGAGAAACCUUUACACCAAGGCCUGUUCUGCGCAGAAACACCUUGCUGGCUGGUGUUUUGGAUAAGGUAAAGACGACCCAGGCAUUUAAGGUUCCUGUUCCUGGUCCUGGUUAUGCUGGUCCUGGAGAUGUUUCUUGUGAUUCCUGCACUCGGCUAAAGUUCAAAGCUAAAAAAUUCUGUUUGGUGUGCCUGGCCAAUUUCUGUGACAUACACCUGAAGCCUCACCGGGAUGGUGAAGCUUUUAAAAGACACAGCUUGGUUGACCCUGUCCAAAAUCCUGGAGAAAGAUUUUGCCCACAUCACGAAAGCCUUCUGAAAUUGUUCUGUAGAACCGAUCAGACAUGCAUUUGCUGGUUGUGUACAGACCAGGAACACCGGAGCCAUGAUACUGUCUUGGCAGAAAGUGCAUGGGCUGAGAAAAAGAUCCAGCUGGGGGAGACACAGACAGAAAUACAACAGAGGAUGUGGGUGAGACGAAAGGAGCUGAAAGAGCUAAAACAAGCUGUGAAGUUACUCAAAAGCUCUGCACAAAGAGAAUCACAGUUAUGUGAGGAGCUUUUUAUUAAGCUAAUCCGCUUCAUUAAGCAACUCCAGGACAAGGUUACAGCAUUGAUGGAAGAAAGUGAGCGGGCUGUGGUGAGUCAGGCUGAGAAACUCAUCAAGCAACUGGAGCAAGAGCUUAAUGAGCUAAGCAAGAGAAACGAAGAUCUGGAACAGCUUGCAGAGACAGAGGAUCAGAUCCAUUUCCUACAGAAUUUCCAGUCCGUGUGUGCCCAUCCCAAGGAUGGAUAUUUACCAAAUGUUACCCUUGAUACACAAAACACCUUUGGGCUCGUUCAGAAGGCUGUGUCUGACCUUGAAGACUCUAUUGAGAAAAUCUGCAAGAAGGAAAUAGUGAAGAUAUCUCAGACAGUGAGCAAACUUGUGUUGUAUAAUCUCCAGGCUCAAGCACCUAGAAACAGAUGGGAGUUUUUAAGACAUUCCUGCCCGCUCACACUGGACCCCAAAACUGUGCAUAGAGAGCUCUGGCUGUCUCAAGGGAACAGAAAGGUUAUGUGGAGGGAGAAAAAAACUCAGAUAUCUCCAGAUUGCCCAGAGAGAUUUGAUGGGUUUGCCCAAGUGCUGUGCACUGAGGGUCUGUUCGGGACUUGCUAUUACUGGGAGAUCGAAUGGAGUGGGAACAGUAUUGGAAUUGGAGUCGCUUAUAAAGGGAUCGACAGGAAGGGAGGUGCGGAUUCCUGUUCCCUUGGGAGAAAUGACAAGUCCUGGAGUUUGCUGUGCUUUGGUUCCAGUUACUCAGCCUGGCACAAUAACAAAAAAACUGCAUUCACUGCCUCCGGUUCCAAUAAGAUUGGAGUGUACCUGGACUGUCCUGCUGGCAGUGUGUCGUUUUAUAGCGUCUCUGACACUGACACAAUGACCCUCCUGCACAGGUUCGAAUCCACUUUCACUGAGCACCUCUAUCCUGGAUUUCUGCUUCCAUGCUUUAAUUCCAGUUUAAGAAUCAGUCAGAUAUAAUAGAAGUCUAUAUUGCCAUAGUAAUCAUUUAUUACACAUUUCUACAUUUUUUUAAAAGCUGAUAAAGAAAUAUUACUCUAGUCUGCCUUUUUUAUCAUCUUAAUAUCGGGCAAUUGGCAUAACUAAAUAAUGUUAAGUAAGUAAUUAUUUUUAUCAUCCCCUGUUCUCUUUAUUUUUGUGGAAGUGAAAAUCAGGGACAACUUGGAUUCUUCAGUCAUUUAUUGAACAUGAAAACCAGAAAAUGAACAGCUUUCAUAAUACUGGACAUAGCAUUGAUUUCUGAAAUAAAGAAAAGUGACAGAAAAGUCAAGAGAUAUAGUGUAACCAACUGGUAUGGUGUGUGGACUGGGAGCCAGGUACAGGAGAACCUGGAUUCAAAUCACCUGUGUUACAAUGUGACCUUGGGGUGAGUCUCUGGACCCCACGAGCCUCGGAUCCACCUGGAAGGAACAGGCGGACCCCUCUUGAGAUGAGAUGCAUGUCUGUAAAGCUAUACAGUGGACUGAGAGAUGCUACUCCCAUCAAACCUGACAUUUUUAGCUAUCCACUUGUCGACAAUUGUUCUAAUUGAAUAAAAAACAAAAUAUCCAUAGCAAAUCAGAAAAUAAGCAAAAUUGUUCUUUACAGCAAAAAUUAUAAGUUUCUUAGAUGCUACAUUUUUAGGUUUUAUAGAGCAAAUGUUAUUACAGAAAAUAGGCAUUAAGCUGAGGCUCACUUGUUCUGAGGUUGUGUGGUAAGUGCUGGUACUGUACAUUUUGUAUUUGGAGCUGUUUAGCCUGCAUGCUGAAGAAAAUAAUCUGACAGCAUUAGAAUGAGUUAUACUUAGUAACUUAUAACACUGCUGACAAGUACAGUAACAUUUACUAUAUAUAUAUAUAUAUAUAUAUAUAUAUAUAUAUAUAUAUAUAUAUAUAUAUAUAUAUAUAU